UACCUGCUGGAGACCCUCGUGAAGUGCUCUGUUACAGGUGAGCGGACCCACCCACCAGCAGAGGAUGUGGUUGGAGCUCUGGACCUUGGUGGGGCUUCAACCCAGAUCACGUUCCUUCCUGCGAUCACCAUAGAUGACAGCACCACAAGAGCCCUCCUCAGGCUGUAUGGGACCAACUACUCCAUUUACACCCACAGCUACCUCUGCUAUGGGCAAAAGCAAGCCCUGAAGAUGCUGAUGGCAUCCUUACACCAGGGCAGCCCGUCUCCCCAGCAGGUAUCGCACCCCUGCUACCCCAAGGGAUACCAGGAGACCGUCACCACCACAGACCUCUAUGACAGUCCCUGUGUCCGUGCGCCGAGCACACCCAGCCCUGCACAGAACAUCACUGUGACGGGGACGGGGGACCCAGCAGCGUGCAGCGCCGCCGUCCAGAAACUCUUCAACUUCACCUGCGGGGCCAACAGGACGUGCGGGUUCAACGGGGUUUAUCAGCCGCCUGUGCGGGGACAGUUCUUCGCCUUUUCAGGGCUUUAUUACAACCUUCACUUUCUGAACGUGACUGGAGGGCAGUCCCUGAGCUCAGCCAAUGCCACCAUCUGGCAAUUCUGCACCAGCAGCUGGGAGAAGGUGCAGAAGGACUUCCCCACCAUGAACAGGACCCACCUCCGUGAUGCCUGUGCAGCCAACUCCUACUCCCUCACCCUUCUCCUGCGAGGCUACAAAUUCAACCACAAGACGUGGCUCAACAUCCACUUUGUCCGGCAGGUGACCAAUGUAGACGCGGGUUGGACUCUGGGCUACAUGCUCAAUCUCACCAACAUGAUUCCCUCAGAGAGUCCCCAGAGAGUCGUAGGGCUCCAGAGAAGCAACUGGAUAGCAGCCACAGUUUUACUGGCCAUCAUGCUCAUCCUCAUCUUCUGCCUGCUCACAGUCAUAUGCUUCCAGAAAAAACACUCUGGCUAUGAGAAUCUCUAG